AUGUCUUUAAAACCCAUGAACGGUUUUCAACCUGAAAGACCUAAUAAUAAUAAUAUAUAUUCAAAGUUAUUAAAGAAACAACCACUAAACAUACCCUCAAAAUUUGCUCUAUAUUUAGUUGAACACCAAAUAGAAUUUCCCUUAAUUAUUCUGACGAUUCUUGGUUCCGCAUAUUUACUUAAAGUUCCGGGUUCCGAAAAAUUUUUCUUUUUACAAAACAAGAACCCUAACACGGGUCUCUACAGAAAAUCCAAGGAUGACGCGUACUUCAUAUCAUUUUGGGUUAUCUUAUUUACAUUAUUACGAGCAUUCAUAAUGGAUUAUAUAUUGAUUCCUUUAGCUAAAAUGGGAGGAAUCAGGAAUGAUAAAAGAACGAGAUUUGCCGAACAAGGAUGGUCCUUUUUAUAUUAUUCCGUUUUUUGGACAAUUGGAAUGUAUAUCAUGUAUCAAUCACCACAUUGGUUUGAUACAUCUCAUUACUGGAAAGGUUACCCUCACAUUGAAUUAACUUCCUUAUUUAAGGGAUAUUAUUUAAUUCAAUUCGCUUUUUGGUUACAACAAAUUUUCGUAUUAUAUAUUGAGAAGAAAAGAAAAGAUUUCGUUGAAAUGGUUGCUCAUCAUGUGAUAACCAUUUCAUUGAUGUUUUUUUCUUAUAUCUUUAAUUUUGUUCGAAUUGGUAAUGCCGUCUUGUGUACUAUGGAUUUUACUGAUGUGAUAUUACCAUUCGCUAAAAUGAUCAAAUAUCUCAAAUUCAAUAAAAUUUGUGAUUUCAUAUUUGGACUUUUCAUCAUUUCGUGGUUGAUUACUCGUCAUUAUUUUUAUGGACAUAUAAUUUAUAGUGCAUGGACGGAACCUCAAAAAUAUUUAGAAUUCAAAUGGUCACCUGAAGAAGAUUAUUAUUUAACGAAAAAUGUACAAAUAUUUUUCUUGAUACUUUUCAUCUCACUUCAAAUACUUAUCAUAUUCUGGUUUUAUUUAAUUUGUAAUAUCUUAAACAAAGUGAUUAGAGGAGAUAAUGCACAUGAUAAUCGGAGUGAAUCUGAAGGGUGA